AUGGCUCUUUUCAUCCCACGUCGAGCAAGCUCGAGGGCGCGUCUGUCGCCCGGGACCGUCCUGCACCCGCCGAGCUAUCAAUCUACCUUACUUCCUCAGUGGAAAUCUAGUCACUAUGAUAUGGUGGUUGGUGUAUUGUCAGCUCGAAAUAACCAUGAGCUUCGAAAUGUGAUAAGAAACACCUGGUUGAAGCAUUUGACAGAACAUCCAGCAUUAAGUCAACGUGUGCUUGUGAAGUUCAUAAUAGGUGCUCAUGGCUGUGCAGUGCCUGUGGAAGACAGGGAGGACCCUUACUCCUGUAAGCUGCUCAACAUCACAAGUCCAGUUUUGAAUCAGGAAAUUGAGGCAUUCAGUCUUUCUGAAGAUGCUACAUCAGAGCUCUCCGAGGACCGAGUUGUCAGUGUGAGCUUCCGAGUUCUCUACCCAAUCAUUAUUACCAGUCUCGGGGUGUUCUACGACACCGGUGACGUGGGUUUCCAGAGGAACAUCACAGUGAAGCUUUAUCAGGCAGAACAGGAGGAGGCCCUCUUCGUUGCUCGCUUUAGUCCUCCGAGCUGUGGCAUUCAGGUGAACAAGCUGUGGUACAAGCCUGUGGAACAAUUCAUCUUACCAGAGAGCUUUGAAGGUACAAUUGUGUGGGAAAGCCAAGACCUACAUGGUCUCGUGUCAAGAAAUCUUCACAAAGUAAUGGUCAAUGAUGGAGGGGGAGUUCUCAGAGUCAUUACGGCUGGGGAGAGUGCGCUGCCUCAUGAGUAUGUGGAAGGUGUGGAGGGUGUUGCAGGUGGUUUUAUUUACACGAUUCAGGAAGGUGAUGCUCUCUUACGUAACCUUCACUCUCGGCCUCAGCGACUUGUUGAUCAUAUGAGGAAUCUCCACGAGGAAGACGCCUUACUGAAGGAAGAAAGCAGGAUCUUCAGUGACAUUGUCUUUGUGGAUGUUGUCGAUACUUACCGAAAUGUUCCUGCAAAAUUACUAAACUUCUAUAGAUGGACUGUGGAAACAACCAGCUUCAAUUUAUUGCUAAAAACAGAUGAUGACUGUUACAUAGACUUAGAAGCUAUAUUUAAUAGAAUUGCCCAGAAGAAUCUGGAUGGGUCUAACUUUUGGUGGGGAAAUUUCAGACUGAAUUGGGCAGUGGACCGAACUGGCAAGUGGCAAGAGUUGGAGUACCCCAGCCCAGCCUACCCUGCCUUUGCAUGUGGGUCGGGCUACGUGAUUUCCAGGGACAUUGUUGGCUGGUUGGCAAGCAACUCUGGGAGAUUAAAGACCUAUCAGGGUGAAGAUGUAAGCAUGGGCAUUUGGAUGGCAGCCAUAGGACCCAAGAGACACCAGGACAGCCUGUGGCUGUGUGAGAAGACCUGCGAGACAGGAAUGCUGUCCUCUCCACAGUAUUCGCCGCAGGAGCUGGCAGAGCUGUGGGAGCUGAAAGAGUUGUGCAGUGACCCUUGUCAGUGUGAAGCAAGAUCAUGAUCACUCAAACCAGCAGUGCGGAGACUGGGCAGGGCAGAGAACUCCACGGAAGUCUGAGGAGAGCCCACAGGUUGGCAGUAGAAUACAUGAUCUUUCAGCAGAGUUCUCAGCUGGCACUUUCUCCUGUGGCAGUGUGGAUUUAUUAUGUUUGCACAGUUUUCCUCCUUAAAAAUCAACUGACACUGUAGCAUAAGAAAAGUUUUUAUCUAUAUAAUGGACGAUGGUUUUUAAAAUACCAAAUUGUUUUAUAAAAGGAGAAAUAUUUCUAAAUCCUGAUCCAUUUUUGCUGAUUUGUCCUAAUCUUUGGUUAAAAUGGCCUGGUUAAGAAAUUUUGAGUAGUGACUCAGUUUGAAUCUGAAUUAUCAAGGUAGCUCUGCAUAGCUUAAUUAGCACACCUACAGGCCAAAAAGGACUCCGAAAAAUGCUGUGUGACCACUUGUAUGAGCAGUGGUCACUUAUACCAAAGUUUGGGGUUUUUCGAAAUAGCAUUAGGUUUUGUGGAUUUCUGAAUGAAAUGUGGGCAACUUGACCUUGAAGAGGAUAUAAUAUAAUCCUCAGUUCUGGGCCUUACAAAGAUACUCACUUAUACAUUAGGCUAAUAUCCAAGUUUUCUUAUGCCAUUUAACAUAAAACCUGAAUGUCACAGUUCAGUACUCAUAUUAAAUACUAAAUCUUUGUGGAUGUGAACAAAAGUACUUCUCAGGGUUUUAGUGUCAUAGGGAGGGAUAUUUUGAAGUCGUUGACCCUUUUUUUUUGUGUGUUUUAGUUUUUGAGACAGGGUCUCACUAUGUAGUUGAGACUGCCCUGG